GCUUGUUGUUUCCUCUUUCAUUCUCUUUCUAUCUUCCUUUUUCGCAUUACAAACAUUAUUCAUCACUUGUCCUGUCUCUCAUUUAAAUGAUCAAACGCACAGCAUAAUAGCAAUCAGCCAAUCACUUUCUCUCUCUAUCUCUCUGCCCUACUUUUUUUCUUCCAAGAAAGGUUUUUUCUCCGCAAAUCCCUGUGAUCAAUGGAGAAUGAUCUCAUUUUCAGACCCAAUUGGGAGACUGAUCCCUUUAAGUCAGCACUGAGCUCCAUGGUCUCCUCUCCAACUGCUUCAAACAACAACAAUGGCAAUGGUGAAAACAUGGUUUUGCGACAGCUGAUUGGGAGAUUAGGCAAUUCCGGAGACUUUCUCUCUCUUCCACCACCAUCAGUUGAAGAAAACUGGGAAUCAAUUCAAGCUCCCCUCACCAAUUCAACGCUUUCCGGUCAGAUCCAAACUCGCCCUAGAAAGAGAAAAUCUGCCCCUGCUCCUCAUCUUCCAGAACCACCUAAGGACUACAUCCAUGUUCGAGCUAGACGCGGCCAAGCUACAGACGCCCAUAGCCUCGCAGAAAGAGUUCGUAGAGAGAAGAUCAGUGAGAGGAUGAAAAUGUUGCAACAUCUUGUACCUGGUUGCAAUAAGGUUACUGGCAAAGCCGUUAUGCUUGAUGAGAUCAUUAAUUAUGUGCAGUCUCUACAGCACCAAGUUGAGUUCCUUUCAAUGAAACUGGCUACUGUUAAUCCAAGAAUGAAUUUCAACAUGGAAGCAAUAAUGUCUAAGGAUAUGUUUCAGUCUCGUGGCUCGUUGUACUCGUCAUGUCCAUCACCAUGUGGGAACGAUCCGCCUUUCCAGCCGAGCAAUGGGGGAAACAAACGGAUUCAAAUGGAGAACUUUGGUGCCUCUCAAGUUUCAUCGUUUUGGGAAGACGAACUGCAUAGCGUUGUGCAUGGACGAGAACUGCAUAGCUCACAAAUGAAAGUUGAGCUAUGAUGGAUUCAUUUUCAUGUACUACCAUUCUUGAUUUCUAUUCAAUUUGAAGCCCCAAGUGAGAGUGGCUUCUGUAUAUAGCCUUUUCAAGCUAUAGAAAUGGUGACAGAAAAUGGAGCCUUCUUCCCCUUCAUUGGUUCUUGCUCUGUAUUUUGAUAUGAUUAUCAAUUUUUUGGGGAAAAAAGGGUUUCCACAACAAAACUAAUUAGUAGUACUACUAGACGAUGAAGGGACAAUCAUCAUGUAAUAAUUUUUUUUUAACAAUAUUCUUCCUUUUCUCCUUGUGGAUAUUCGUCUCAAUCAUUUAUCUAGUGCAAUUAUUAUGGUUCAAUUUAAUGAAUUUUAAUUUUCAA